AUGUUUCAUUCUAUUAGUAGUUUUCAUAGAUCAAAUAAUCAACAAUUACGAAUGACUUAUCCCACAGACGAAACGCAAAGCAGCACACGAGCAAAUUGUGAUGCUUGUUCCACUGCAAGUGAAGUGUAUAUAAGACAAAAUUCAUCGAAACGAUCCACUGCUGACAAUGAUGAAAAGAAUGAUACUUGUGAGAUGGCACAUAAACGUGGACGUAGCACUAUAGAUGAUUUCGUAACAUGUCCUAUUGAAAAGUUUGGUUGUCUCAAAGAAAUACCAUAUGACGAUUUAGAAGCACAUUAUUCAAGUAAAAUUCAUCAAGAAUGUCUGUUAAGAGCCGUUAUAUUUUGCGUACAACAAUUACAUAGUGAGCCUAAAACUAAUACUACGUUAUCAAACAAUGAAGAAAAUUAUUCUGAAAUAACUGAUUCUGUAAAUUUACUUGCUGAAGGGCUUUCAUCAUUACAUGAUGAUAAUGUUCAAAUUCAUGAUAAUGCUAUACAACUUCAUAAUAAUAUUUCAGAACAACAAUAUCAAAUAGAACAAUUAAAAAAUUCUAUUGAAGAAAGUUCUCAAUUUAUUCAUGCUACUCAAAUAAAUACAAAUGUUUUACAAACUGAAAUUGAAACUUUAAAACAAAAGAUAACAGAUUUAUCGAGUCAAUCAUCAUAUGAUGGAACUUUUAUUUGGAAAAUUACAAAUGUUUCACAGAAGAUUAAUGAUUCUAUUUCGGAACGACAAACAAGUGUUUAUUCUCCACCAUUUUAUUCAUCACCGACUGGUUAUAAAAUGUGUAUGAGAUUAUAUUUUAAUGGUGAUGGUCAAGCACGACGAACACAUCUUUCACUUUUUUUUGUACUUAUGCGAGGAGAUUAUGAUGCUAUAUUGACAUGGCCAUUUUCUUAUAAAAUUACAUUUUGUCUUUAUGAUCAAACAAAUAAUCAACGUCAUAUUAUUGAUUCAUUUCGACCUGAUAUUAGAUCAAAUAGUUUUCAACGAUCACAAUCAAAUAUGAAUAUUGCAUCGGGUCUACCUAAGUUUUGUCCUUUAACAUUUAUUCAACAAGAAAAUACUCCAUAUGUACGUGAUGAUUGUAUGUUCAUUCGAUGUAUUACUAAUUUUGAAACAAUACCAAAAAAAAUGAUACCUUAUAUAUGUGCUCUCAAUAUGGGAUUACCAAAAUCGAUUCAACAAACAAUGAUUCAAGCAGAAGUUGAACGACACAAUUUAGUAACAUCAUCAGCAUUAUCAAAUCCAGAGAAGAGUUUUAUGAAUGAAGAUAGUCUGAAUAAAUCUCAGUGA